UGCAGCGGUUGCAUAAAGGCGCCAGCGACAUCAGUAUCGCAAAUUCUUUUUGUUAUUUGGUUCGUGGGUUGCUGGACGUGUGUACACGUUUGCAAGAAGAUGCAGCUGUUCAUUCACUGUCAAGAAGUUCACACCGUAGAAGUUACAGGCGACGAGAAUGUCGCCUUCCUCAAGGAAGUUCUUGAGCAGGCCGAAGGCAUUGCACCUGUUGAUCAGGUCCUCUACAACUCUGGCAAGCCCCUGAGUGAUGACGUUUCUCUGUCCUCCUGCCUUGAGGAUGGUGCUCAUGUCGAGGCCGUUGUUCCUCUGCUCGGAGGUAAGGUCCACGGCUCACUGGCUCGUGCUGGCAAAGUGAAGGGCCAGACACCGAAGGUGGAGAAACAGGAGAAACGCAAGAAGAAGACUGGCCGUGCCAAGAGGCGCAUGCAGUACAACAGGCGGUUUGUGAAUGCUGUUGCCACCUUUGGCCGCAGGAGGGGACCCAAUGCAAACCAAACUUCUUAGAGAGAUGGGCCUGUGACAAAUAAAAUUUGUAUGGUGCGUUCCUGGA